CCAAAAAUAAUUUGGAUUUUGAGCACUCCGAGUUGAGGUGUGAUUUCAUACCCAAAUUGUCCUCCCCAUUCAGCCAUGUCAGCGUUCACAUCUGAUAAACCAAAAAAAAAAAAAGAACCAAAAAACAAUACAUCCCUCCUCACACAUUUCUCUCUCUGUCUUAACUUUCUCUCCACCGGCACUGAACUCAAAUACUCCAUCUGUUCAUCUCCCUCUCAAAACCCACCAUUUCUGAAACCCUAACCUUCGCCUAGUCUUCCUCUCAAUCUGAAAAACCUAAAUCCCAUGAAGCCUAACUUGCUAUUUUCCUAUAUAUCCCCGAAAUCUCUAGAAUCCCGAGAAACCAACCCUAACCUCUUCUUCGUGAGUCAACAACGUAGAUCGAAGAAUGUGGGGAAAACUGUAACUGCUCUCUUCCUCUCUGUCUACAGAUCCAAAUCCAAAUCUCUAUCUUCAUCACCAUCAUCAGGUUGGGAGGGAUCGACCUCUGAUUCUCGAGUGCUUCGAGAUGCAGUUAGUAAGAGAAAUGGAUUGACAGUUCCACAUGGGUUUCUUGCCCCAUAUAGAGGGCAAAGAUAUCAUCUCAUUGAUUGGAGAGAGGGACACAUGCCAACAACCCAUGAAGAGUUUUUCAACAUGAAGCAUUCUGCAGCAAGAAAUGUUAUCGAGAGAUGUUUUGGUUUGCUUAAACUACGUUGCGCUAUACUUAGGAGCCCUUGUUUCUAUCCAAUAAAGACACAAUGCAAAAUCAUUCUUGCUUGUUGUCUUCUUCAUAAUCUCAUUAAAAGAGAGAUGUGUGUGGACCCAUUGGAACAAGAGUUGGAUGUGCAAGACCACCAAGUUAUAGGUGAACCAAUAACUAUAAUUGAACCAUCGGAUCAAUGGAGCGCUUGGCGAAGAAAUUUUGCAAUUCAAAUGUUUAAUGAAUUGAGGAAAUUAUAGUAUGUUGUUUAUUUUAGGAGAAAAAUUAUGUUUGAUGUUUUAGACUUAUCAUUUGCAAAUUUUGAAUGGUUUGUAUGGAUUAUUAUAUGAUGAACUAGUUUAAAUUGAAUUUGAUAAUGUUUUUCUAUUGUUAAA